UGCUGUCCCUGCCAAAGACAGACAACAUGCUGCCUGCUGUUGUAAAGCUCUGCUGUGGAAUUUCCUUCCCACAUCUAAGGAGUCUCGCAGGUUAACACUCAACAACCUGAGGAAGGACUUUUCUCUUUAUUUUCUCAUGCAAAUUGUCCUGCAUACUGGAGCCCAAACGUGAAGAUAUAAAGCAUGUGCCUUUAAGAGAAGAUCAGCUGUUUUUUGUACAACAAGGCCAAGAAGCAAUGAGAAAGGCUCUCUGUAUAUUGGAAGACACACAAGGACAGAAGGUGGAGAUCACAGAGGACAAGGGGAACGUGAUCAGCAGCAAAGUGGUGCUGGGGGCUGGGAAGGUCUUCAGACUGGAGACAGUCCUGGAGGCCAGCAUUGAUGAGCUCUACGACUUACUGUUUGUCAAAGUGGAGGAGAUGCACCAGUGGAACCCGAGCAUACAGCAUGUCAAAGCUCUGAACGAGGAUAAAGGAAAAAGCCACUUCACACGGCUUCUUAACAUUGACGUUAAGCAGGCCCAGAAACGGCUCUUCUUCCUCUGCCGGCUAAGGAGAUUCGGCAUGGACUCAAGGAUACUAUCCAACUUCUACAGAGGCCCUAUUGAGAGUAUCCUGACCGGAUGUGUCACCGUCUGGUACGGCAGCUGUACCUCCCUCAACCGCAAGGCACUUCGGGGGGUGCUUAAAACAGCCGAGCGCAUCACAGGGACUAACCUGCCGUCCCUGCAGGAUCUCCACACUGACAGGUGUAGGAAAAGAGCCAAGCGGAUCAUUUCUGAUGCCAGUCACCCAUGCCAUGGACUGUUCAGCAAGCUGCCAUCAGGCAGAAGGCUCAGAAGCGUCCAGUCCAAGACCAACAGAUUCAGGGACAGCGAUAUUCCCAAGAGCCGUCAGGCAACUCUACAUGUAGCCCCCCUUCCCCUCCAUCCAUCAGCUCAUGCACAUCUGCCUCUUUACACUGUAUAUAGCUACAUAUAGCUUGGACUUUGCCUAUUGUUAUUGUUAUUUGUAUGCAGAUUUCCACUCUGCACUGUGCAUCGCUUCAUAGCUACCUUUGGUUUUUUAUAUAAUUUUAUUUUAUCUGUCAUUUAUAUGAUUAUAGGUUGUUGUAUUUGUAUUUUUUUAGAUAGUUUCUUUUCUAUUAUUAUUAUUAUUGCAUUGUUGGGAAGGAUGGGAUAAAAUCAUUUAAUUGCAUAACUUGUUAUUGUAGUGACAAAUAAACAUCUUGAAUCUUGAAUUUUGAAAAAGGUAAAUAUAACAGGAGUAAAUGGAGGCCUAAUCAAGAAAAGUGAAAAAACAAGAA